AUGCCUGCCAAGAGAAAAUUGGUUGCCGAGGCUAACAUUGAGCCAGCCAGCGUGCCCUCGACGCUGCCUCCGUCUGUCGAAGAAGCCUAUCGGCGGAAGUGUGUCCAGCUAAAGAACCGCACAAACGAGGUCGAGGAUGCCAACGACGCCGCCAGGCUCCGGCUUGCCCGCAUAAAGCGCCAGGUCGAGAAGCUGAGGAUAGAAAGGGCCUUUCUGCUUGAGCAGCUGGCCAAGCGCACCAGCACAAACGUCGAAGACUCCGAGGGCAGCCCCAGUCCGCCUCCAACGCCCAAGGAUAAGCCGCUGCGCAUCAAGAAAGGUCACCGGAAGUCCAACGCUCCAGCUGACGCCGAUGCCAAACAAAGCUCCGCAAAGGAGCCAACAUCCCCAGCGUCCGAGUCCAAUAGCCAGGCAAAGCGCUCUCGCGCCAACGGCGUGUCCAAGUCUUCCAAAGAGCCCAAGACUGCUUUUGAACUCUACUGCGAGGAGGCUCGGCCGGCGCUUGAAGCCAAGGACAAGGAAGACAAAGAGGACAAGGAAGAUAAAGAUGACAAGGAGGACAAGGAUGAUACCGAGCUGAAUAUUGACGAGGAGCUCAAGCGUGACUGGGACGAGCUACCGGAAACGGAGAGGGAAGAAUACCAGGCCAAGGCGGACCAACUGAAUAAAUCUCAAGAGGAAGACGACAAGGCCGCCGCUGAUGCUGAUGCUGAUGCCGACGUCGAGUCUCCCAAGAAGAGCAGCGUCAAGGCCGAGCCCGAAGCUGAAAAGCCGGAGGCUGAGGCUCACGAUGACGAUGUUGAGAUGAGCAACUAUGACACCGAGGACCAGGAGACUCAGAUGGACAAAGAUGGUGACGAGUAA